AUGGACAACUUCCUGAACCGCCGACUGUCGAGUAGCGACACUGUGCCACGACCGAUGACGCCGCCUCCCGGUGCGAGUUUGAACCCAUUUAAGACCGCGCUGAACAAGUUGGUGCACAAGAAAAAAGAUGCAGCAUCAUCGGCUGCUGCUGGCGGUCUGACCAGUGCUGCCACGUCGGGCUUUUUCCUGCGUGGACACAACAAGACGCACGUGCCGACAAAGGCGUCGGCGCUGCCGGGCUCGAUCAAGCAAGUGAACACGGGGCAGUUGCCGCCAGUCUGGGUGACGCCUGCACCAGCUCCACCGACGAGGCAAAGCGUGGCGGUCGUUGCUGGCUCGGCGUCGUUGCAAGGGAAGAGUCCGUGCUUGUCGGGCGAGAGCGAGCGUGCUGAUGGCGCGCUCGCGUCACUGAAGAAGCAGUGCUCGCCGCACAAGGACGAGCAGAAGCAGGGUCAGCAUGAAAACAGGAUGCAGGGAGGCAGCAGCAGCAGUAGCAGCACGGGUCUUGGCAAUACCGACAGCACGGAAGAGAGUGUUGUUGUUGAACGCACGACGUCGGCGUCGUUAUCACGCAAUGCGUCUGGCAACCUUCGCGAUCUGCAGUUUGAACGGUUGCUGGACAAGGAAGUUGUGGACCUGGACCAGCUUCGCAAACUCAGCUGGGGCGGCAUUCCGACCAAGCAUCGACCUACAGUCUGGCGUUUGUUGCUGAGCUACAUGCCGUCGAAAAAGGACCGACGUGCUGCCAUGCUGGAGCGCAAGCGGCAAGAAUACGCUGAGUUGCUGCAGCAGUAUUAUUACAUUCCAGACACGGAUCGGGGAAUGCGAGAGCAAACUACGCUACGCCAGAUCCUCGUUGACAUCCCACGCACUAAUGCAGACGUGAAGCUGUUUCAGAAUGAGCGCAUCCACCAGUGCAUGGAACGAGUUCUGUAUAUUUGGGCAAUCCGGCACCCAGCGAGCGGAUACGUGCAAGGAAUCAACGACCUAAUGACGCCGUUCUUGGUCGUAUUUAUCUCGGCUUUUAUCGAUGACCCACAGACGUGCGACUUGUCAAGAGUGGCGGACGAAAGCUUGCAAAUUAUUGAGGCGGACAGCUACUGGUGUUUGACGAAGCUGCUGGACGAUAUUCAGGACCACUAUACUUUUGCACAGCCGGGUCUGCAGCGCAUGGUGCAACGCAUGGAAGAGUUGGUCCAUCGUUGUGACGCCGAAUUGUUCGAGCAUAUCGUGGAGCGUGAAAACGUGCAGUUUGUUCAGUUUGCAUUUCGCUGGAUGAACUGUUUAUUGAUGCGCGAGCUACCACUGAAUGGCAUUGUGCGCAUCUGGGAUACGUAUCUGUGCGAAGACUCGGGCUUUGAGAGCUUUCAUGUGUACGUGUGCGCUGCGAUUCUGAUGACGUUUGGUGAGACGCUGAAGACGCUGGAGUUCCAGGAUCUGGUACUGUUUCUGCAAAGUUUGCCGACAAAAGACUGGGUGGAGAAUGAGAUUGAGCCGUUGCUCUCGCGUGCGUUCAUCUUACAGUCCUACUUUGCGGAUGCCCCGAGCCACCUCAAUUCGCAAGCUGCUCAAUAG